GAACGUGUUCCAGAGAGUUGAUAAAGACAGGAGUGGAAUAAUAUCUGAUAAUGAACUUCAACAGGCAUUAUCCAAUGGCACAUGGACUCCAUUUAAUCCAGCAACAGUCAGGUCAAUUCUUGGCAUGUUUGACAGAGAAAACAAAGGGGGUGUGAACUUCAAUGAAUUCACAGGAGUUUGGAAAUACGUCACAGACUGGCAGAAUGUCUUUCGAACGUAUGACAGAGACAAUUCCGGAAUGAUUGACAAAAAUGAACUAAAGCAAGCACUAACAGGUUUUGGUUACCGACUGUCUGAUCAAUUCUACGAUAUCCUUAUUCGGAAAUUUGACAGACAAGGAAGAGGACAAGUUGCUUUUGAUGAUUUUAUUCAGUGCUGUGUUGUUCUACAGAGGCUGACCGAUGUGUUCCGAAGGUAUGAUACUGAUCAGGAUGGCUGGAUUCAGGUGUCCUACGAGCAGUAUCUUUCCAUGGUCUUCAGCAUCGUAUGACACCGAUAACCAGGAAUCGCACACUGGCAUUACACAGACUGGAGUUGCCAAAUCAUCCUCUACUGAACAAGAUAACUGAUGUAUUAUAAUGGAUGUAACAUCACAUUCUUAAAUUUUGUAUGUUGGUAAUCACCGUCAGAAUCUGUACUUGAGUUGGUUUUUAUUUUGUAUUAUUGUAUGAUAUGACCAUCUCUGCUUACUGUAGCACAGAAUCUAGAUUUAACUGGUAUAAUGUUAAACAUUACCUCUUACACAUAUCAUGCAUGGGAAAAAUGACUCUUUAGAAAUGCCAAAUUAAAAUAAUGCUUGUUAGUUUAUAUCAGUUGAAAGCCAGAAGUUGCACAACAUGUUUUGCAUGUGCCUUACUUUUAUAAGAGUUUAAUGUAUUAAUUUUUAAUACAGAAUUUAAAAUUAAGUAAAAAUACUAGGUCAACUUUCAGUCUAUAUCACUUUUGUACAGCUUAAUGGGAAUGGUGAUUUUAUUUCUGUAUUCUUCUCUUCUACGAUUCAGGGAUCUCUCCAGUUGGGUGGCCUUUUUAAAUUUCAUUUUCUAGCUGCCUCCUUUUUUCAGGAUAUCCAUGGGAUGGCUUCAAAUACAACUUCUUCACACCUGUGAAGAAGGUCUUACUGCAUCUCCCUUGAUAAGUUCCCACAAAAAUGAACUCUGGAUACAACUCC